UCUGCCUCGGAUGCCAAGAUCUGCAAUUCUCAUCUUUCAGAAAUGAGGUUUUCUCUGCAGCUUCAGAGUAUAGAAUGAGAUACUGAUAAACUAAGUCGCCAACUCCAGCCCAUACCUUUAACACAGAAUAUCACGGAGACGGUAAGGGGAAUAAUGGUGAGCAGGUUACCCGGCUGUAGCUCACUGGCUCGAUUCUGCCAGAAACUGAACAGGGUCAAAACCCUCGAGGCAGAUAUGAUGGAGACUGCUCUGAAUAGGUGCCUGUCCACUCUGGACCUGACGUUGCUUGGCUUCGGGGGUAUGGUUGGCUCCGGCCUUUAUGUCCUGACGGGUGCGGUUGCCAAAGACGUGGCGGGCCCCGCCAUUAUCCUCUCCUACAUCUUUGCAGGUUUCGCAUCUCUGCUGGCUGCUUUGUGCUACGCCGAGUUUGGCUCCCGUGUGCCGAAGACGGGCUCCGCCUACAUGUUCACCUACGUCUCAGUGGGCGAGAUCUGGGCCUUCCUGAUUGGCUGGAACGUCAUUCUGGAGUACGUGAUUGGUGGGGCAGCAGUGGCCAGGGCUUGGAGUGGCUACCUGGACUCCAUCUUCAAUCACAAGAUUCAGAAUUUCACCGAAACGCACAUUGGCAGGUGGAAUGUGCCCCUCCUUGCCCCCAACCCCGAUCUGCUCGCGGCCGCCAUAUUGCUCGUUGCCACAGCAUUCAUCACUUGCGGGGCCAAAGUGGCCUCUUGGAUGAACCACCUGUUUGCGGUGGUGAGCAUGGGAGUGAUCCUCUUCAUUCUGAUAUUCGGCUUCAUCCUGGCCGACCCGAGGAACUUCAGCGCCGCGGAGGGUGGCUUCUCUCCCUUUGGAUUCUCGGGCAUCAUGGCUGGAUCAGCGACCUGCUUCUACGCGUUUGUCGGAUUCGAUGUCAUCGCCGCGUCCAGCGAAGAAGCCCGGAACCCUCAAAAGGCCGUCCCUAUCGCGACGGCUCUUUCCUUGGGCCUGGCCACUUUGGCGUACACUUUGGUCUCCGCAGCCCUCACCCUGAUGGUACCUUGGCACAGCCUGAACCCCGACUCAGCUCUCUCAGACGCCUUCUACAGGAGAGGCUAUGCCUGGGCUGGAUUCAUCGUGGCUGUCGGAUCUAUUUGUGCAAUGAACACAGUCCUCCUCUGCAACCUGUUUUCUGUCCCUCGGAUUGCGUACGCCAUGUCUGAGGAUGGCCUACUCUUCAAGGUAUUUGCGCGGGUGAACCCAGUCACUAAGGUCCCAGUGAUCGGCAUCGUCCUGUUUGGAAUCCUGAUGGCCAUCCUGGCCAUGGUGUUUGACCUGGAAUCCCUGGUGCAGUUCCUGUCUAUCGGAACGCUCCUGGCGUACACAUUUGUUGCUGCCAGUACCAUCGUGCUACGCUACCAGACAGACAAAGUGAAGCGCUCGGAGACACCCCCGCCCAAUCCAAGUCCUCAAACCCAGGAUGGCAGUGGGCUGAAGGAGUAUGAAUCAUUUUCGGAUAAGCUCCAGUUAGUAGAGAAGCAAAAAGCAGCCAAGGAACGAAGGGAGCCUGGCCAACUGAAGUCCUCCUUUGAGCCUUAUUUACAUUUCCUUAGUGACUUUGUACCUGGGGAGAUAGUGACUGUCGCAGUUACCUCCAUGGUGCUCUGUUCAAUAUGCCUGUGCUGCAUACUGGUUUUUGGUGUCAGUCAUCUCCAGCUCCCUCAGUGGGCUUACAUUCUAUUCAUCGUGUUCUUUGCAAUUGGGUUUCUCCUCAGCUUAUUCCUCAUCUGGAUUCAUGAACAGCAUCAAAAGCUGAAUACCUUUCAGGUUCCAUUGGUGCCCUUGAUUCCUGGAAUCAGUAUCUUACUGAAUGUAUAUCUGAUGUUAAAGCUCAGUUUAUUGACUUGGGUGCGAUUCUCUGUUUGGAUAGUUAUAGGUUUUCUUAUCUAUUUCGGUUAUGGGAUCUGGCACAGUAAGGAGAAUCUGAAGGAGCCAAAACCACAGAAUGUUGUUGCCCGGUAUGUUGUCCUUCCUAGCGGCAGCUUGGUGGAAACAGUCCAAACCGUGCAGCCAGACACCCAACACACCAUGGGCAUGGUGGAAGUGACCGGAGAAGGAGCGAGUAGAUAGUAGCAGACUUGGCCAGUUGCCCUUCGCCAGAGGAACCCUCCCACUCUAAGCUUCGGUGUUACUCCAGGUAAAGUUGGACAGAGCUGAACCACAGUAUUUUCACCAGGUUG